UCAGCCUGCAGCAGCUUCAUCAUGACGCGCUUCAAACGCUGUGCAGUGUGAGGAUCGAUCAGCUUCAUCGAUCUUCUGUCGGAGGAACGAACAGCGUCACUGGCAGUUAUUGAUCCGGGAUUAAAGAUGGUGAUCCGGGUUUAUGUGGCCUCCUCCAGCGGCUCUGUGGCGGUGAAGAAGCAGCAGCAGGCCGUGGUGGGCUUCCUGGAGGCCAACAGGAUCAGUUUCCAGGAGGUGGACAUCACCAUGCAGGAGGACCAGAGGCUCUGGAUGUACAGAAACAUCCCCAGAAACAAGCAGCCGGAGAAGGGAAACCCGCUGCCGCCACAGAUCUUCAACCAGGACCAGUACUGUGGGGAUUCAGAGUCGUAGACGAUGUCCGGCUCUGAGACGCCUCGAUUUCCCACAAUCCUCUUCACACGGACGCUUCAGCUGCUUGACCUUCAGAAGUCCUGAAACCACAUCAGAGUGAAGCUUCGUCUCCACAAACGGAAGAUCCACCCACAGCCGGUUGUGUGUCUGUUGUGUGUCUGUUGCGUGUCUGUUGCGUGUCUGUUGUGUUGUGUGUCUGUUGCGUGUCUGUUGUGUUGCGUGUCUGUUGUGUGUCUGUUGUGUGUCUGUUGCGUGUCUGUUGUGUGUCAGCGACAACAUGCAGCUGAACCUGAGCGUGGAGCAGAAGGCUGAAGAACAAAGUCUCUGCUGAACGUCGCUGCAGUUCGUCUGAUUAAAGGACGGUUCUGAUGUUUUCCUUCUUUCUGCAUCGACUCCAUGGAAUGAAUAAAAGCAGCAACGUUCUGCCUGAAGCCAUAAAACAGUGAAGAACUGGAUUUAAAAAACGAGUAAAUCACAGUUUAAUGCCUAAACAGCAGCACAGUGCUGGACACGCUGAACACAUCGAUAAAAGAAACAAGUCGAGUUAAAGAACUGAGCUGAGGAACACUGAGGAGACUGUGGACCCUCUGGUCGGGGAGUGUUCUUUAAAAUCAGCGUUUAUGACUCAGAACCAGUGACAACAGAAAGAACCGUUCUGUGCUCCGACAGCAGCAACACCAAAUCACGUUAUUCUGCGUUUCAUCUAAAAACUCGCCAACAUAAAGCUCAACCCACAUCCUGUCCAAGCAGCAGUGACUGGUGGUCCUGUAGCAGCAGGUGGAGGAGCAGCAGGUGGAGGAGCUGCAGGUGGAGGAGCUGCAGGUGGAGGAGCUGCAGGUGGAGGAGCUGCAGCUGGAGGAGCUGCAGGUGGAGGAGCUGCAGGUGGACUCCUGGCGUGUUUACAUGUGAAAUGAACUCAGAUGAUUCCUCGUAGAUCUUCAUACAUGUUGUGCCAUCAAGUGUGGAUCAGUAUUUAAAGUUCAGUUAAUGAUCCGACAGCGUUCCUGUUUCUGCUGAGUUCUGUCCUGAUUUCUUGUCAAACUGUGUGAACGCUGUGAGUUUCUGGUGGAUGUUUUCAGAACUUCAGUAUCUGGACUCUUGUGGUUCUUAAAGAAGCUUCAUGCUGGUGAAAGUAAAAGUUUCUUUUGUUGAGCCUUCAGCUGGUUUUUGGUGUUUCUUCUGUUCUGUGGAGAGUCUUUGCUGCUGAUCUGGGACCUUCUGUCCCGUCGGUUUCUUCAUGUGCACAUUUUUCUCUUUCUGUUUAAGAACCAACUCUUUUUGUUUAAUGAAUAAACUGUGAUGAACAUUAAAA